UGCUUCCGGUCGGAGCGCAGGACGGAGCGAGCCGGUGUCAGCCUCCAGUCAUGUCCUACGGUCCCUUGGACAUGUAUCGGAACCCGGGGCCCGCGGGGCCCCCGCCCCGGGACUUCAACAGCAUCAUCCAGACAUGCAGCGGCAACAUCCAGCGCAUCAGCCAAGCCACUGCUCAGAUGAAGAAUUUGAUGAGCCAACUAGGAACUAAGCAGGACUCCAGCAAGCUUCAGGAAAAUCUGCAGCAGUUACAACACUCUACAAAUCAGCUCGCCAAGGAAACAAAUGAAUCGCUGAAGGAAUUAGGGGCCUUGCCCCUUCCUUUAUCUACUUCAGAACAGCGCCAACAGAAACUUCAGAAGGAACGGCUCAUGAAUGACUUCUCUGCCGCCUUAAACAGUUUCCAGGGUGUGCAGAGGAAGGUGUCUGAAAAAGAAAAGGAGAGUAUUGCCAGAGCAAGAGCUGGAUCUCGCCUUUCUGCAGAGGAGAGGCAGAGAGAGGAGCAGCUUGUCUCGUUUGACAGCCAUGAGGAUUGGAACCAGAUGCAAAUCCAGGAAGAUGAUGCCAUUACCGAGCAGGAUCUGGAACUUAUCAAAGAGCGGGAAACUGCAAUUCGCCAGUUGGAGGCUGACAUUUUGGAUGUUAACCAGAUAUUUAAAGAUUUGGCCGUGAUGAUCCAUGACCAAGGUGAUAUGAUUGAUAGUAUAGAAGCCAAUGUGGAAAGCUCAGAAGUGCAUGUUGAAAGAGCCACCGAUCAGUUGCAGCGUGCGGCUUACUAUCAGAAAAAAUCUCGCAAGAAGAUGUGUAUCCUGGUGCUUGUUCUGUCGGUGGUUAUUUUAAUCUUGGGACUUAUUAUCUGGCUAGUUUCUAAAUGAAGUGAUUGCUCCAGAGCCGCCUUCUGCUGAGCUGUUUUCAAGAGCAAGGGUUUGGUGUGGAGUCUUGCCAGAAUGAACUGAUCACAAGAAGAGAGCAAACACCAGAACGUCCUGUAAUAAUUUAGUUAGAAACUAACUACUAAUUAGUCCUUGGAAUUAGUGACCUACAGAGACAGUAUUUAUCAGUUUAUGUAUGAAUUUCAUUGAUUACUUAAAUUAGGAGUUAUGUGGAUUUUGCUUUCUCUUGUAUUUCGAUUGCCCUUUCUCCCAAGUAUAUACUGAAGAUUCCAUUCUCGACGCUCUCAUUUUCACAGAUGACACUACAGUCUUGUAAUAGUAUCUUUUGAUGUGUACACCAGGUUUACCUGUCUACUAGCAACCCAUAGAGAAUUACUUUCUGGCACCUGCAUAUUGGAAUCUGUUGGAAACUAUAAUAAGCCAGCAAUUUUUAUUAUUUAACAUUUUAAUUUGAAUUUCUAAGAUGCUUAUUUAUCUGCUUUGAAAGAUGUUGACACUGUAUGCAACUGCAAAGUUAUAAAGAUGUCCAUGUGAUCCAGAUUAAAUGAGCAGGACCUAUCUGAGCUGGUCAGUUGUUGGGGGAACAUGUUAAUAAGCUGGGUUUAAAGUUUACUUCACUAACUGUGAGGCUCCUCGAGCAGUUAGUUGGUCUUUAUACACAUUAAGCCAUCUUGUUCAAUGUGUAAAGAGGUAAAUUCACUUUACUGCAGUCCACGGGAUCCCUCUCCUGCCUGUAGAUGAAGGGGAAACUGGACAAAGCAUGCUUUUGGAAAGCAGAUAGGAAUUGUUUGGAGUGAUUUAAUAUGUUUGAUACUGUUGUUCACUUGUGAGCCUACUUGUGAAUGAUGAAUGUGGCUGUCAAGGGCUGCUCCCUGCCCCAUAAGGUUUGCUAGGCAUUUGAUGGGAGGAAGACUUUAAAUGCUGGACUGAAGUUGGUGUAAAAUUUAGUCUGGUGAACCUGGAAAUAAAGAAAAGGUUCAUUUUUGUAAAUAAUACUAGUCUUGAAUAGUGACAUUAAAUUUACCCUAAUUUAUGAACAAGAGACUAAUCUCUCCAUGUAUAGGAAGACACAACACGCACACAAAUGUUUCAAUAAAAGACCGUUGUUUGCAAUGUAAA